GGAGGGUCGGGCGGGGCGGUCCCGGUGCCGCCGAUACCGAGAGCCCGGCCAUGCCGUCCCUGUCGUCCCCCGCCGCGCUGCUGCUCCUGGCGCUGCUGCUGCCGCCGCUCCCGCCGCCCGCCCGCGCCACCGAGAGCGAAACUGAAACCGGAGCCCGGGGACUGCGGCUGGAGACGCUCGUGGCCCCCCCGGAGGGCUGCACGGAGCUGUCGGCACCGGGGGACACGGUGCACAUCCACUACACGGGCAGCCUGGAGGACGGGCGGAUCAUCGACACCUCCCUGAGCCGGGACCCGCUCCAGGUGGAGCUGGGCAAGCGCCAAGUCAUCCCCGGCCUGGAGCAGAGUCUGCUGGACAUGUGUGUGGGGGAGAAGCGCAGAGCCAUCAUCCCCCCCCACCUGGGCUACGGCAAACGGGGGUCGCCCCCAAGCAUCCCAGGUGACGCGGUGCUGCAGUUCGAGGUGGAGCUGGUGGGGUUGUCCCGGGCUGGGUACUGGCAGAAAGUGGUGAACGAGGUUCUGCCCCUGCUGUGCCUCGGGCUAGUGCCGGCCCUGCUGGGGCUCGUUGGCUACCAGCUGUACCGCAAGGCCAGCGGGCCCAAGCUCUCCAAGAAAAAAAUGAAGGAGGAGAAGAGGAAUAAAGCCAAAAAGAAAUAAAAGCUGCUUUACCCUCAGCACCCACGGCUGCUCUGCCCGGCUCC